UAGAAUUCAUGGUACUUCAUUUUGCCAAGCAAAUAGAGUAAUGGAAAAUAUGACAACAGCAGAGGCCCAAUCCCCGAGGCAAAAACCAAAAUGCAAGUCCAGUACCAGUUGUGGUGGCAUACGAAUACCACCACGUCUUCACUCCCCCUAUCUUCAAUUUUCUACCGUCACGAAGCCAGAGCAGCUGCUGCCGCUCGGCACCGCCACGACGCUGCCUUAUCUACCGCCGCAUUCAGCUUAAGGUUCAACAGAAACCCUAACCUAACCUCUCGAAGGUUUCGUCUUGAUACUGUCACGGGUUCUGUAGACGUUGGGGGAAACGCUACCGUUGACGAGUAUGACGACGGUGAUACUCGGAAUGAUACGGGAGAAGAAGGCAAUGAUGAGGAGGAGGAGGACGGCGUUGAGACUGAGAUUGAAAAAAUGGGGAAGAAUCGUCGGAGGAUUCGAUCUAAGGUAGCUGUGAAGGCCAGCUUGCAUAGUGUUUGGAAAGUCCUUACUGAUUAUGAAAGAUUAGCUGAUUUCAUCCCUGGUCUUGCUGUCUGCCAGUUGCUUGAGAAGGAACCCAAUUUUGCCCGACUUCUUCAGAUUGGCGAGCAAGACUUAGCAUUCGGGCUUAAAUUUAAUGCUAAAGGUGUCAUUGAAUGUUAUGAGAAAGAUCUUGAAGAUCUCCCAACUGGUCAGAGGCGUGAUAUUGAGUUUAAGAUGGUAGAAGGCGACUUCAAAAUUUUUGAAGGAAAAUGGUCUAUCGAACAGUGCAAGACAGGUGGUGACCAAGAGCUUGAUUCUUCUUUGGACGAACCAUUUAAUACAACUCUCUCCUACAUUGUCGACGUUGAACCUAAGCUUUGGUUGCCUGUGCGGCUUAUUGAAGGCAGACUCUGUAAGGAGAUAAAAAUCAACCUGCAGUCUGUUCGGGACGAAGCACAAAAAGUAUAUCUCUCUUCAUUUUCAUCUUAUUAACCACUAACUAAUUACUACUACCAUUUAUUGCUGAAGAAAUGUAUAUAUUACCAUUCACGUAAUACAGUUUUGCCAAAGCAACUUCUACUUUAGUUGCAGUCUUUUGAUUAUGUGGAUCAACUAGUAUAGGUUCAUAGCAGUUCAUAUUCUUUUUCUUUUGUGCAAUAUGAGUACCAAGAUCUAAAAAUAAAGACUGUUUUUU